UCCGCCCGAAGCUUGUCGACACUCGAACCAUCCCAUCCACUACAACGCACGCAAAUUGUUCCGCGCGUGAUGGACGAACUGGCGCAAACGGUGCUUAUGCACCUCAAGCGCUCCAGCACACCUGUCGAUGCCAAACUCACCAAAUUCAACGAACUCAAAAGCAACAUCAAGCAUCAGCGGGUGCCUGAAGCUGCCCAACCGAUUAUUUUCGACUGCAUAAAGUUCGCCAUUGGGAGUCAGACGUCCUCGUCCCUUAUCUCGUCGGGAUUCUCCGCGCUAGGUCAUCUCAUAAAACGACUCACUCUGCAAAAUCAGGACAGCGCCAUCUCUUCGAAUGCGGGAAGACUCUUUCCGGCUCUUUUGGAUCGCCUGGGCGACGCAAGAGAAAGCCACAGGAAUGCUGCUAGCCAGACGAUACAGGAGCUCGAGCCGUAUUGUGCGAUUGAUGUCGAAAGACUGAUACGCGAUACUGCACUUGUCGGGACGAAUGCUCGCGCGAAAGAGGCCGGUAUGCAGUGGGUGGUUAAGAUGAGCCAGAACGGAUUGGCUUUCAAGACUUAUGUCCCCAAGUUGGUAGCAAAUCUUGAAGACCCAGACGGUGGCGUAAGAGACGUGGCUAAAACGUCCAUAGUAGAGCUUUUCCGGGAUGCUCCUGAUCAUGCAAAGUCGGAUUUGAAGAAACAGAUGUCAAAGUUCGCGGUACGAUCAUCAAUUGUCUCCGGAAUAGUAGCUCAGCUGGGCAUGGGCGGCCAGGCCGAGCCUGCGGAACUACAUGCCUCCACAGCUUCGGUGGCAACCCAUUCCUCACAUUCUUCUUCUAUAUACAGCCAUUUACAGCCCGAUACUGGAAUCGCGGAGACUCUAAUGUCGGCCUCGGUGACGUCAGAGGCACCAUCAACCUCAUCUGAUUAUCAAAUGGAGCCAGCAUACGCCCACACACAAAGAGAGCUGGAAGAUAUGUUUCGCUCAAUGGCUCCGUGCUUCGAGGGGAAAGAGUCCGAAGGCAACUGGAUGCAAAGAGACAAGAACGUCAUGCAAAUUCGGAGGCUGAACAAGGGCAAUUCUCCAUCAGACUACCUGCCUACUUUCCUCGCUGGGGUGAAGAGCUUGCUAGACGGUAUAUUGAAAGUGGCCAACUCACUAAGAACUACGAUGUCCACAAAUGGUUGUCAAUGUAUCCAGGAGUUGGCGAAAACCCUUGGUCCGGCAAUGGACAACAUGGUUGAGAUACUUCUUCAAUCCUUUAUCAAGAUGACCGCUGCCACCAAGAAGAUCGCUGCCAACAACGCUAACACUACCGUCGAUGUCCUGUUCCAAAAUGUGUCAUACAAUAACAGAAAUUUGCAGCAUGUCUGGCAGGCCUGUCAAGACAAGAACGUACAACCGAGGAACUUUGCUUCCGGCUGGUUGAAGACUAUCAUUAAGAAGCAUGCACCGCACAGGUCAGUCUUUGAACACGCUGGUGGACUUGAAACUGUCGAGAAUUGUCUGAAAAAGGGGCUUCAAGAUCCAACGCCAGCUGUUCGGGAAGGAAUGAGAGCAACAUACUGGAUCUUCGCGCCUGUCUGGCCAAGCAAAGCGGUGGCUCUCAAAGACGGGCUUGAGAAGAAAUACAAGGACGCGCUCGAGAAAGACCCCCGGAAUCCCAAUGCACCAGCAAGCGCUAAUCAGAGCGCGAGUUUCUCGAAGUCUGUUGGUCCAUCAGGGUCAAGGCCAAAUAUAAGGGACGCUAUAGCUCAGCAAAGAAAAGCAGCAGCACAAAAACUUAAUGCUCCAGAUCGCCCGAAUUCUGCAAUGUCUACAUUCUCUCCCGCCAAGGUUUCAAGUAAAGGUCCAGAUCGGACGCCCUCCUCCCUUUCCAAUUCACGCACGGCACGAACAACCUCGACGAAUUCCUCAUCCAGUACCAAUACUCGUCCUGCAAAUCGUUCACAGACCACAGCUACUGCGACACCUGGUGCAAGCGGAGCAUCUGGUCUUAUGUCUGCUCCCAUGAGACGGCCACGUCCACCUCCACGACCUGCCACAGCAGAUCCUUACGCCAGCCGCAGAAUCAAAGACACUGACACACCGAACCUAAGUCCGACCGCAACACCCAUCAGGGAUACGACUACGAAGAAAUCUGCAAAUACAAAAAGCGCGAUCCGACCGCGAACUCCGGCUAACACGAACCGUCCAAGUCCAACUACAAGCCCGAGUAAAGUGAAAGCGAAAGUUGAUUCAGGCCUGAGACGCAAAGUUCCUAAUACUGAGAGCCCUCAACGCCACCACGGCAGCAGCCAAAACGCUAGCCCCUCAAAGGUCGACGAGGAGAUGACUCUGGUACUACCUCAUGGCAAGAUGCCCGCUUCGGUGGCUCGCAAGCGCAUGGAAAAGCCCAUGUCGAUGGACACAGGUUUGAUGCGGGCCGAGGAAGAGGAGCUCACUAUAGUAAAGUCAGAUAUGAUGAGUCAUGGGUCGAGACUGGGUACACCAGGGACUAUGGCCUCACCGAGAGGUCCAUACGCGCAGCUGAACUUCGGUAGUCCUGCAUCUUCGUCUCGCACCCCGAGGCGCAGGUCACCCGAAAGAAAUACCGAGAAAGAGCAAGAAGAAGUGAAGGUGUACGAAGAUCCGUUCAUUGGACAUGAGGAUGCACCUAUGACGGAAGACGAGAAGCCGGUCCUUGAGGAACUCCAACUCAACGAGGCAAAUAUCGAGCGAAGUCUCGACAAUGCGACUGCAAUGGAAGAUCUGAGUAACGGUCACGUUAGCAACCCGAAACCGAUCUUGACGGAGCAAGAUCGCGCCGAGGUCAUGCGAUCGCGCCGUCUUCUCGUCAGCGGUAUUGAACGAAUUCAUAACCGCAAUCUUGAUGCACAUGGCUUUCGGAGACUUCAGGAGCUUGUCAAGUCAAAUCUUGACAUCUGGGGCGAAAGCAAGUUUUCAGAGCUCAUGCUUGGCCUCCUUGAUUUUUUGGAAACGCCAGUUGAGAAUCUGAAAAGUGAACCAUUGAAAGCACAAAAUCUUAAGACUCAGGCUCUCGCCGCAGCGAGAGCAAUGCUCACUUUGCACAAAGCAGAAGCCCGACCUUACCAUCCAAGAGCGCUCAAAUCCGUGCUCAGGGCACGCAUGGCCUUUGAGGCAACCGCUCAUAUUACUGCCGAACUCCAGCGAACAGCUGACGAUAUAGUCCGGGCCAGUCUAUCGCCAGAGCUUCUCGACUCCGUCCUUGACUUUGCCGAUUCGACGGCCGAAGCGUCCAAAUCACCAGAAAAUGAGGUGCCUGGAGGUCUUAGUCCGCCCCUCGCUCCGUCAGAGUUUCCAUCUCGCGCGCUGACUGCUGCUCUUUCAACGAUCAGUCAGAUUCUCAUUCUCUCUGCACAACCAGCACCGCGACCAAAAUCGCCGGUCAAGUCUGCGUCUCGUUCACCCUCGAAACCUGCACCUCGCCUCACACUAUCCUACACACAAACGCAGCGACUCGGGCAUACUGCAGUUCGAUUCCUCGCUGAUGCAGAGCCGGAUGUGCGCAAAGCAAAUCUGGAAUUUUGUGUUGCACUACAUGAAUGGUUCUUGAAUGGCGCUGGCGUUGGAGGACUCAGUGGUGCAAGCGAGAAGGAGCGCGAAGAGGCAUUCUGGAAGAUCCUAGGCUUGCACAAGGACGGGGAUGGCAAGGAGAAGAAUGGGGUUAGAGACCAAAGCCUGAACCUGAUCACGUACUAUCUGGCGAGGAGGAGUAGGACGUGACCUAACGUGGAACUGUGGAAGAUUGAUUUGAGAACUAGCAUAGCGAUGCGAGCGAGCGAGCGAAUAUUGUGGACUGCACGUUCUCUUUGUAAGAAGAUGUUUGAUGAGCGGCUGAUGAUUUGAGAGAUGUCUGAACAAUUGUAGCGCUGUCUCCAUUCAUGUAUACAACUCUUCACAGAAUAUGCCUGACGGUAUUGCUGAUCGUGAUGGCGCGUGGUGAAGGGCGUUCUCGAAUGUAUUAUAUUCUAGGAUCUGUAAAACGGAUCUGAUCUGAUCGUUGAUUCAACUUUACUUUAAUAACGCCGAGCU